CCGGAUCCCAGCGGCGAAUCCGCCCCGCACUUUGCCUCCGGCCCCUCGCCAACUUCGCCAACUUCGAGCCCGGGUACAGCGGGGCCGAGCCGAGCCGAGCCGGACCGGGCAGGGUGAAGAGGAGCCUGCGGCGAAGGACGAGCGGGACCCGGCGCUGCCCCGAUGAGGCUGUGGGGCUGGCUGCUGGCGGUGCUGGGGGGGGGCCUGUGCCAGCACCCCGAGCCCCCGCAUGGCUGCUCCAUGGGCAGCUGCUACCCAGUCACUGGGGACCUGCUUGUGGGCCGAGCGGAGCGGCUGAAAGCCUCCUCCACGUGUGGGCUGCAGGGACCUCAGCCCUACUGCAUCGUCAGCCACCUGCAGCGACCGGGCUCGGAGGGGGCCUUGUCCCGGCCCCACGGAGCUCACAGCCCCGUCUCCGCAGGCGUGGAGCACGUCAGCAUCCGCCUGGAUCUGGAGGCCGAGUUCCACUUCACCCACCUCAUCAUGACCUUCAAGACUUUCCGCCCGGCGGCCAUGCUGAUCGAGCGCUCGGCGGAUUUCGGCCGCACCUGGAAGGUUUAUCGCUACUUUGCCUAUAACUGCGCGUCGGCCUUCCCCAGCGCUGCCCCCGGGCCCCUGCACAGGGUGGACGAUGUCAUCUGUGAGUCCCGCUACUCAGACAUCGAGCCGUCCAGCGAGGGGGAGGUCAUCUACAGAGUCCUGGACCCAGCCAUCCCCAUCCGAGACCCCUACAGCCCGGCCAUCCAGGAUCUUCUGCGCGUCACCAACCUGCGAGUGAACCUGACCCGGCUGCACACGCUGGGCGACAACCUGCUGGACUCGCGGCGGGAGAUCCAGGAGAAAUAUUACUAUGCCCUCUACGAGCUGGUGCUGCGCGGGAGCUGCUUCUGCUACGGCCACGCCUCCGAGUGCGCGCCCGUCCCCGGCGCCCAGGCCAACGUGGAGGGCAUGGUGCAUGGCAGGUGCGCCUGCAAACACAACACGCAGGGCCUGAACUGCGAGAAAUGCAACAGCUUCUACAACGACCUGCCCUGGCGCCCGGCUGAGGGGCGCAGCACCAACGCCUGCAGGAUGCCACCCUCUCACCCGCUCUCCAUGUCAGGCUGCCAGUGCCACCCGCAGGGGACAGUGUCGGACGGGACCCCGUGUGACCCCGUCAGUGGCAACUGCUUCUGCAAGCGCUUGGUGACCGGGCAAAGCUGUGAGCAGUGCCUGCCCGAGCACUGGGCUCUCAGCCACGACCUGCUUGGCUGCCGCUCCUGUGACUGCGACGUGGGCGGUGCCCACCACAACCAGUGUGCCGCCGAGACCGGGCAGUGCCACUGCCGCAGCCAUAUGGUGGGCCGGACGUGCAGCCAGGUGGAGGCUGGCUUCUACCUCGCCCGCCUGGACCGGUACACCUACGAGGCGGAGGAGGCCGGGCUGCGCCAGGGCACGGUGGUGGAGCGGGCGCAGCCCACGGGCCAACCGGCCACAUGGACGGGGGCAGGGUUUGCCCACGUGCCAGAGGGCGGUGCCACGGAGUUCCUGGUCAGCGACGUGCCUGCCUCCAUGGAGUACGACGUGGUGAUCCGCUACCAGCCCCAGCUCCCAGAGCCGUGGGAGGAGGUGAAGCUGUGGGUGCUGCGUCCCGGGCCCAUCCCCACCGGCAGCCCCUGUGGGAACACCAUCCCUGCUGACGACCAGCUGGCCACCGCGCUGCCGCCCAGGGCCAGGUACGUGUUGCUGCCCCAGCCCGUCUGCCUGGAGCGCGGCAUCAGCUACACCCUGCGCCUGGAGCUCACUCGCUACACGUCCCGCCAGGCGGUGCCCGGUGCCAGCGUCCUGCUCGACUCGCUGGUGCUGGUGCCGCGCUAUUCCUCCAUGGAAAUGUUCAUUGCGGGCGACGCCGGCGCCAUGGGGCGCAGGGAGGCCUUCGAGCGGUACCACUGUGACCAGCACGCCUGGGCCGUGGGCACGGCACCUGCCAGCGAAGUGUGCACCAGCCUGCUCACCAGCAUGUCGGCCAUCAUCCACAGAGGGGCACUGCCCUGCCUGUGUGACCCCCAGGGCUCGCUGAGCUCUGAGUGCGAGCCCAAUGGGGGGCAGUGCAAGUGCAAAGCCAGCGUGAUGGGGCGUCGCUGCCACCACUGCUUCCCGGGCACCUUUGGCUUUGGGCCCAGCGGAUGCCGAGCCUGCCAGUGCAACAGCGACGGGGCCAUGAGCAGCUUCUGCGACAGCUUCAGUGGGCAGUGCCCCUGCCGGCCAGGUGCCUUCGGGCCCCGCUGCGACCGCUGCCAGCCUGGCUCCUGGGGCUUCCCCCACUGCCAGCCCUGCCAGUGCAAUGGGCACUCAGAGGAGUGCGACCCACGGACCGGCAGUUGCCUGCACUGCCGCGACCACACGGAUGGCGACAGAUGCCAGAGGUGCGCAGCUGGCCACUAUGGAAACCCCACACUGGCCUCGGGGGAGCGCUGCCGCCCCUGCCCCUGCCCCGACGGGCCCAGCAGCGGCCGCCACUUCGCCGCCUCCUGCCACCAGGACAGCCGCUCCCGUCAGCUGAUCUGCAACUGCAACUCGGGCUACACAGGUCUGCGCUGUGAGGAGUGUGCCCCUGGUUACUACGGGAACCCCUCACGGGCCGGCGGGCACUGCCAGCCCUGCCAAUGCAACGGCAACAUUGACCUGCUGGAUGCGGAGGCGUGUGAGCGACACUCGGGGCGCUGCCUGCGCUGCCUGCACCACACAGAGGGGGCACACUGUCAGCACUGCCAGGCCAGCUACUACGGCGAUGCCACCCGCCACAGCUGCCGGCGCUGCUCCUGUAAUGUCCUGGGCACAGAGCGCAGCGAGUGCAGUGCGCAGGAUGACUGCCAAUGUGAUCGGCGCAGCGGACAGUGUCAGUGCUUGCCCAGCGUCCAGGGGCAGAGCUGUGACCGCUGCAUCCCCAAUUUCUGGAACCUGGCCAGUGGGAAGGGCUGUGAGCCCUGCGCCUGCCACCCCCAGCACUCACUGGGGCCCGCCUGCAACCAGUUCACAGGGCAGUGCCCGUGCCGACCAGGCUUUGGGGGCCGCACCUGCACUGACUGCCAGGAGAACCACUGGGGCGAGCCCAGCCUGCAGUGCCGAGCCUGUGACUGUGACCCCCGUGGGGUCACGAAUUCCCAGUGCCACCGCGCCACCGGGCACUGCUCCUGCCGCCAGGGGGUGUCGGGCAUCCGCUGCGACCAGUGCGCCCGCGGCUUCUCUGGUGCCUUCCCCGACUGCCAGCCCUGCCACCAGUGCUUCGGGGACUGGGACCGUGUGGUGCAGGACCUGGCUGCCCGCACCCGGGGCCUGGCUCUGCGCGCCAAACACAUCCAGCAGACGGGCGUUGCAGGCGCCUUCGAGAGGCACUUCCGCCUGCUGGAAGAGAAGCUGGGCACGGCCCGGGCCAUCGUGGACGCCCGCAACGCCACCAUGGCAGCUGUGACCCAGCUGCUGCGCACCGUGGAGGAGCUGCGGCAGCACAUCGGCGAAGCCACAGAGACACUGACCCAGCUGGAGGGCGAGCUCACUGCAGCACAGGAUGAGAACUACAACGCCAAGCGUGCCCUGGGCACCCUGGACCGUGGCACCCGUGGCCUCAACCUCACCCUGCAUGACCUGGCACACCAGCUCCACCUGCUCAAGAACUCCAACUUCCUGGUGCCCUGCUGCUCACAGGUGUGUGGUGCCCCCGGGGAUGCCCCCUGCGCCAGCAGCCCCUGCGGAGGGGCCGGCUGCCGGGACGAGGACGGCAGGCGCCACUGCGGGGGCCUGAACUGCCAGGGGGCGGUGGCCAUGGCCAGCAGCGCGCGAGAGCGGGCCCGGCACACCCAGGCCGAGCUGCAUCAGGCCAUGGGUGAGGUGGACGAGCUUUUCCACAAGGUGGCCGAGGCCAAGGGGAAGGCUGACUCAGCCCGGCUGAAGGCACAGGCGGCGCUGGACAAGGCCAACGAGACCAGGGCGCGUGUGGAGCGCUCCAACAUGGCUCUGCGCGAGCUCAUCCACCAGAUCAAGAGCUUCCUGAGCCGUGAGUGCCUGGCCCCACCCACCCACCAGGGAGCCCCUCCCCUGCGCCAGCUGUCACAGGGUGGGAAGCUAUGGCUGUGGCCCUGA